AUGACUUGUUUAGCUCACAAUCUACGCUAUCGCUCUUUAUUUCAUGCUGUUAUCAAUGAACUUCGAAAUGAAAAGUGUAUAUCUGCACCUAUAUUACGAAGUAUGCCUCGUCAAUGUUGUACCUGUAAUAACCUUGAUGAUGAAACAUUAAUAAAUGUUGUUAUUGAUGACAAAGAUAAAUUUAUAAAUUUAAAGAAACUUAUUAAUCAAAUAGAUCGAGAUAAAAAUAUCAAUUCCAAACUUUCUUUAUCACUAAAUCGAUUAGAAAAUAUUAUUAAAACAAAUCGUAUUUUAGAUUCAAAUUUAUUAUCAACAUCAACAGUUGAUAAUCAUAUUAAUAAAUGUCAUGAUGAUUCGACCGAAUCGGAUGAUGAUGUUAGAAUGGAUAUUGAUCGAAGACGUAAAAUAUCUAGAAAAAGAACUAAAUCACCAAAACCACUUAAAAAUGGAGAAUUUCUAUUUUUACCAUAUAAAUUCGAUAAUAAUCCGCAGUUUACACUAGCACCCGAAACUGCAAAAGAAAAACAACGAGGUCGAUUUAUUGGUAGAAAUGGUUAUAUUGAAUCAUUAGAAAAAGAACAUCAUGUUUAUAUUAAUAUGAUAACAUUCAAAACGACGGAACAAAUUAAAAAAACACUUAAAAAUGCGAAAGCAGGAGUAGGAAAUGUAAAAAUUCAUAAUCAAAAAGAUCUAUCCGAAGAACAAGAUGGUGAAUGGAUAUUAAUUCGACAAAAAAAAAUUGAAAAAUCAGCAGAUACAAAUGAUUUUCAAACAAUACUAGAUGAACUAACGAAUCGAUGGGAUAGUUUUCUUAAAAUAAAAAAACGUAAACGUGAAGAUGAGAAUGACGAAAAUCCAAAGAAAAAAAAUUAA